GAUAUUCACCGGAAGCGAAUGGAAAAAGAUCUGAAUGAACUACAAACUCUAAUUGAGGCUCAUUUUGAGAACCGAAAGAAGGAAGAAGAAGAGCUGAUAUUCCUCAAGGACAGAAUCGAGCAGCGGCGAGCUGAACGAGCUGAACAACAACGGAUCCGUAGUGAGCGAGAGAAGGAACGCCAGGCCCGUCUGGCUGAAGAAAGAGCUCGAAAAGAGGAAGAGGAAGCUAGAAAGCGGGCUGAAGAGGAUGAGAGGAAGAAAAAAGCUUUCUCCAACAUGCUUCAUUUUGGAGGCUACCUUCAGAAGACCGAGAAGAAAGGUGGGAAAAAACAAACAGAACGGGAAAAGAAGAAAAAGAUCCUUGCUGAACGCCGUAAACCCCUUAAUAUUGAUCAUUUGAAUGAAGACAAAUUGAGGGAAAAGGCGAAGGAACUGUGGCAGAGCAUUCAUGAUCUUGAGGCUGAGAAGUUUGAUUUACAGGAAAAGUUCAAAAGGCAGAAAUACGAGAUUAAUGUUCUACGGAACCGCAUUAGUGAUCAUCAAAAGGUGUAA